UUAUGUUUGGGAAGGUUUAAGCAAAAGCAAAAGACAUAGUGAAAGUAGAUAAAUAGAUAUUGAGAGAGACAGAGAUAAAAAGAAAAAGAAAAAAAAUGAGUAGCAAGAACAACUUAGGAGCUGUUGCAGCUUCUGGAGUCAACAUCAACGGUAAGUUACCAAUGGAGGAGAAUGAAGAAGAGGAGAUAUGGAAAGUUGCAGUGUCGAGGUUUCAAGCUCGAGAAGAAGAGAUCGAGAGGAAGAAGAUGACUGUUAAGGAAAAAGUUCAACAGAGGCUCGGUUUUGCAGAGGAAGCUACAAGAUGCUUAACUCAAACCUUGGAAGAGCUAGAGAUUAUGGGAGAUCCUAUGAGAAAAGAAGUUGGAAUGGUGAGGAAGAAAAUCGACAUGGCGAAUCGAGAUAUCAAAUCUUUGGCACAAAGCUGUCAGAAAAAGGAGAAGGAAUACAAAGAGACAUUGGAAGCUUUCAAUGAAAAGAACAAAGAGAAAGCUCACCUUGUUUCGAUGUUAAUGGAGUUACUGGCUGAAAGUGAAAGAUUAAGGAUAAAGAAACUGGAGGAAAUCAACAAGACUGUUGGAACCUUGCAAUGAGGAGAAGCAAUCCACAUGGAUCUUACCUUGAAAGAGUCUGAAAAUUUGUUUGAGGUUUUUGGUAUUAGAUUCUAUCCAGGUCCUCUCUAUCAAACGCGAGCUACAAUGUAACAGGAUGUACGAUAAAUGAUGAUUUGCCUAAGGUUUAAAGAUAUGAAUGCAGCGGAAAACAAAUUUCUUAAA